AUGAAAAUCUUUCCCGAAGACGACGAAGCUGUCGACACCGCCUAUCUCGACGAGGCUGGAAAGAUCUUGUACAGAGUUCGAUACAAAGACGAUAAGGCCUUCCUCGAAAAGCUGGACGCUGAGAAAGAGACAUUCGUGCCCUUUGCCGAGGUAGAUUCCGAGACGAUCAAGAUAGGAGGAACCGAGACUUCAGAAGAAGAGUUCUUCCAAAAGGAUGGCUGGAGCCUCUGGGGGAAGAAUCGUGUUUUUACCGGUUCCGAUGGACAUCGGUAUCGGUGGGAGCUGCGUGCCAUUGGUGGAUCCCAGCUUUUCCGCAUCAAUUCGGACGACUCGAGUGGAGAGGAUCCUGUCUUCAAAUUCCACAGAGCAACGGCCGGAGUCCUGCAUGACGAGGCUCCUGCCUGUUAUGAAGUCGACCCGAGCGUAGAAGGGAUGCUCGAUUUGAUUAUGGUGACCUACGUCUUCGUCGAAACCAAAAGAGAGGACAGAAUUCGGGUUCUUAUCGAAGUAGGAAAUGCGGCCGGAAAGGCUAACAAGUCCUUGAAAAAGUUUAAUGCAUCGGAAGCGGAAUAUUAG